AUGAACGAGGAUUGCAAUUCUGGAACAGCGUCGCUGUUGUCCUCCCCCACAAAUUCCAAGAUCGCGGGAGAGAAGCGCGGAAGCUCUAACGCGGGACACAACGCUCGAAAACGAGUGAAGAUGAAGGAUCUUGACUCCGUUGUUCACUCCGCUGAAACUAAUAGCCGGGAGCUUAAAAACAACAAGGAAAACACUGUUCAGUGGUCGUUGGGUGCCUCAGAUUCUUCUCAACAAGGGAAAACAGGAAGGAACACGUUGCCGGAAGAGGUUAAUUUUGCGGCUAGGCCUCUGGAUCUUAACGCUGAAGCAUGCAAGAGCGGGGGGUAUGUUGAACAUUUCGCCAAAGGGUCUUUGACCGAGAAGCAAGCAAAAGGGCAUGGUAAUUUAGUCGUUUCAAGGGGAAUUAAUGUGGAUCUGAAUGCAGAAGAUGUUUCUAGCUCUGUGAAUUUGGAACCUGUAAAUUCCUCCAAAGGGCGCAAUCCUCUUAAGUCGAAGGAUGUAUCAGAAAGUGGAAGCUGUGUUGGACCUUUGGAGGAGAAGGAUCCGAUGAUGAAAUGGCAGCAGAUGAAGGAAUAUGGUUUUUGGUCACCCUCUCAUGCUGGUAUUCCAAAGCCGAAACAACGUGGGAGGAAAAGUAAGAAUGAAAUGCUGAAGAAAAAGAUGGAACUUGCAAAGAGGGAACAGGUUAACCGGUUUACCAAGAUUGCUGCUCCAAGUGGACUGCUGAAUGAGUUGAACCCCGGAAUUAUAAAUCAUGUGAGGAAUAGAAAACAAGUGCUUUCAAUUAUCGAGAAUCUUGUAAGGUCUGAAAAACAUGAAAGCACUGGCGUGGCAAACAAGCAAGCAGCACACAGAAUACAUGGAGGUGUGGAAGUUAGUAAGAGGGAUCAAGAAAAUGUGGCUGAUGUGGGAGAGCAUCAGCUUGCCUUUGCUUGUGAGGAAGGGGUUCUUCAUGGUUCUUCAGGGAACAAACAAGCAAGAAAGUUUCCUGUGACAAUGGAUGAUUCUUCUUUGAUUUUGGAGGGCAAAGUUUGUGAUCAUGAUGGAAGCACUGUAGAGAAAGGAAGUCUUAAAAGUUGUAUGACACAGUCAACGAAUGUUAUGGAGGAGGAUGUUUUGGCUCUGAAAUUGUCAUCUGAAACAAGGGCAUCAACGAGCUCUACCAAUUUUUCAAAUGAGGAAUCUUCAAAUGUCACAACGGUUUCAUCUCUUUCUCUAAAAGGCUCCUGCUACUGUUGCUUCUCAAUGGUUGGAGCUUCUACAUCAAGAUAUCAAAGGACGCCUUUCAGCUUUGAGACGCAGUAG